GGUCUCUGAUAAUAUUAUGCGUAGUUUUAGAAAAUCACCGAAGAGUCGGUGAGCUGAACCCGCCAAAAAAUGAUGACGUACGAAGAGGCGUAAACCACUUGUGGUAUUUGUGUUUAAUGCAUCGUAUAUCGUUUACGUUAGGCUGUUCAGCUCUUUGUUAUUGGAGGUAAGAAACUCGGAAUCAGCGCGAAGGAAGAAUGGCUUCCAAGAAGGCCGCGUCGAAGUGGACAGCGGCAGAAGUUGAGCAGUUCUGCUCAAUCACAGGUGCCGAUGAGAAUGUGGCAGAGCGAAUGUUGGAGGCCUGCAAUGGAAACAUUCAGCUUGCCAUUGAGAUGCACAUGGAUGGUGGAGAGAUGUGUCACGGUGGACCUCAGCCAUCUGGAUCCUCGUCUGGAGCCUCAGUUGGAGGAGCUAGAGGCUCAUCUUCACAGGCUGUUCCAGACCCGAUGGUAGAGGAGGAAGAUGUGAGAGCUCCAAUUCCUCAGAGAAAUGAAACACUAGUGGAAGAAACACCAGCUGGUUUUGGACUGGCUCACUACAGUGGCCAGAUGUCGGACGACGACUUAGGAUUCCAUGGAAGAAGAAGAAAAGCUAGAUCUGUAUUUGAUGGAUUUCGAGAUUUCCAAGCUGAAGCAAGACAGCAGGAGGAAAUGCUGACAGCUGGAGCAUCAACUUUCCACACCAAGCGUCAGACACUGGAGGACUUGUUUCGUCCACCCAUAGAUGUUAUGUUCAAAGGCAGCUUUGCUAAUGCUCGUGAGCAUGGUAAAACCUCCCAGAAAUGGCUGAUGGUAAAUAUACAGAAUGUUCAGGAAUUUGCCUGUCAGGCUCUCAACCGUGACGUGUGGAGCAACCCAAGUGUGAAAAGCAUCAUCAAGUCAAAAUUUAUUUUCUGGCAGGUGUAUCACGACAGUGAAGAAGGUGGUAAAUACACACAGUUCUACAAAGUGAAUAACUGGCCGUAUGUCUCCAUCAUAGACCCCCGAACAGGUGAAAAUAUGGUUACCUGGGAUAAGUUGGAUCCGACUAUAUUUUGUAAACUGACUAGCGAAUUUCUAACAGAGAACCCCUUUUGUGGUAGUGACAGUGAAACCAGUCCAUCUCCUGCCAAGAGGGCCAGGGUAUCCAGUAUUGUAGACGCUAGUGAGGACUCCCAAUUACAAGCAGCUAUCAAGGCUUCCUUGACCAAAUCUACCUCGUCUAACCCGGUUGUUAUUGACUCCGACUCGGAUAUUGACAGUGAAAAUGAUCUCGAGACAUUCACAGACUCUGAUGAGGAGGAUGCUUCAUCCACAAACUCGCCAAUGAAAUGUGAACCGAAACAAAAAAAAGACAAUGUUGAAAAAUCCUCAAACAGUGUUGAUACUUCAGAGGAAACUAAAAACGAGGGAAAGUCUAUAGAUGUGUCUGAUGACGCCUCCUCAGAUAGUGACAAUGUUAAGGAAAAUCCCAAAAGUGCUGACAUAGAUAUCAACUCUGAGAGAUACAAGUCCUUCUUAGGAAAGGAUGACGAUCCGCAGACAUCUUUGAUGAUCAGAUAUCCUGAUGGCAAACGACAGCAAUGGCUUACAUCCUGUAACUCCAAGCUCAUGGCACUUGUGUUGUAUGUUGGAUCACAAGGUUAUCCAAAUGAACGUUUUGAACUCGUUACAAACUUUCCGAAAAGGAAAUUAUCAUACAUGGAUUUUGAUAUGACAGUGAAAGACGCUGGUUUGCAUCCUCAGGAAUCUAUAUUUGUACAAGCUAGGUGAUGCAGUGUGUUGGCACACAAGUUACCUGUACAAAUAGACACAGCCUCUUCUGAUAACUCAGGUGAGCCGGCCAGGUAAAAUGAUGUGAUGGAUCAGACCAUACUGAUACAGUCUGUUUCUAUAUUAUUGUGACCAGGCCAGGCCACAUGAGCUCAUUCUGAUACAUUGGGGACAUAAUCUGUAAGUGUAGGUGUUGUCCGUGGAUGAAGCUAUGUUAUAUGGCCAGAACAAGCCAGGACAAGAUGAAUACACUUCUGAAUUAGGACAGAAUCAGGACAGGAUUUGUCGGAAAUGGAUUGACAGAAGUCACUCAUGUUAAAGAAAGAAAUGAUUUCAGCUGCUUUGGCCAGAGAAAGAGUUCAACUGGAGGUGUUUGUCACUAUAUGGUAGUCUUCUUCUUUUCCGGGAAAAAUAUUUCAUAUUGGACAGAACGGAAACGAGGAGUAUGUCAAAUUUGCAUAAAAACAAAAUCCUUGAUAUAGAUACACUGAUGUGAAAUACAGUAAUGGCAAUGAUACCAGCCUUUAUUUUGUCUCAAUGAUAGUAAGAUUGUGAUGUUUCCAUGUUAGCUAAAGGUCUCAAUUGCACAAGUUCUUCCUGGAUUUCAAGGCAGAAAGAUAAAUACAGUAAUAAGAGUACCUAUAUCUCUGAACUUAAUGGCAGUGGCUUGUACUUAUAGUUUUGGUAUUAUAAAGUCCAUUUAAAAGUUCAAUCACAAAUUCACAGCAAACUGAUAAUCAAUUUGCCACAAAACACUUUUCUGCAUCAUUCCAUCCCUUCAUUGACCUACUUCAGAUAUGGCAGACUUGGUUGUUAUGUUGAAUGUGUGUACCAAGCGGAACAAAUAUAAAGUAUGAAGAAAAAAGCAUUCCGCUAGUUUUUGCAUCAUAUUCAAUUUUUGUAUUUAGCAGACCACCAUUUUCAAUCUGAUUUUAUACUGGAUUUAAUCCUGGAGAUGUAAAUAAUCAUGAUUUUCUGUCUUUGAUUGUUAUUUAUGUGGAUUUAAUGAUGGAUUCAUGAAAAAGAGGUAAUAACAUGACAAGCGUCUAGAUAUAUUUUAGCUGUUUUACAUGAUCAAAAUCCAAACUUUGGACAUUUUUAACAGUCUGUGCCAUGUGAAUCUGACAUAGGAAGUUAGAGGUUAUAAGGUGCCUGGAAGUUAGAGGUUAUAAGGUGCCUGGAAGUUAGAGGUUAUAAGGUGCCUGGAAGUUAGAGGUUAUAAGGUGCCUGGAAGUUAGAGGUUAUAAGGUGCCUGGAAGUUAGAGGUUAUAAGGUGCCUGGAAGUUAGAGGUUAUAAGGUGCCUGGAAGUUAGAGGUUAUAAGGUGUCUGGAAGUUAGAGGUUAUAAGGUGCCUGGAAGUUAGAGGUUAUAAGGUGCCUGGAAGUUAAAGGUUAUAGGGUGCCUGGAAGUUAGAGGUUAUAAGGUGCCUGGAAGUUAGAGGUAAUAAGGUGCCUGGAAGUUAGAGGUUAUAAGGUGCCUGGAAGUUAGAGGUUAUAAGGUGUCUGGAAGUUAGAGGUUAUAAUGUGCCUGUAAGUUAGAGGUUAUAAGGUGCCUGGAAGUUAAAGGUUAUAAGGUGCCUGGAAGUUAGAGGUUAUAAGGUGCCUGGAAGUUAGAGGUUAUAAGGUGCCUGGAAGUUAGAGGUUAUAAGGUUCCUGUCAUAAAUUUCUCACUGUGUAAUGCUCUAACAUUGCUAGAGUAUUCUAUAUAGUGGAAAAUAAAUAAUACAAUAUUUACAACAAAAGGUUUUUCUAGUUGAAUUGCUUAAUAUGAAAGUGAAGUACAUUAUGUUGCACCACAGAUGUGAGAAAUAAAUCUCCAGCUACCUUAUGAAGGGAAAAUGCUAGUUGUACAAGACAUUAUUAAAUAGAUGAGAUGAAAUUGGAGGAUACUGAAAAAAAAUUUUGAUGUUCUACAAAAAAACAACAACAACAUACUAGUAAAACAUGUCAUUAUGACCCAGUAUGCACUAUGCAGGAUCAUCUGUAUAUAAAGGGAUAUUCUGCAUAUGUUGUACGGAAUAUUCCUUUAAAUCCUCCACUGGAAUGUUAAACAUAGCCAUCAGGACUGUGUGUGAAAUAAAAAUGCUGUUUACUGUUUAUAACCAAGGUUUUCUUUUAAAAUGACAUUGGGGAAUAUUUUGGAAGAUUAUGUCUUUGCUUGAACAGUGAAAUACCUAAUUCACAUCAUAAUUUUUUUUUAUAAUAUUAUAUAUGUUGAUGCUUCUAUACCACAUGUAUUUUGUUGUUAUGAAGGCGUGGACUUUAAAAACUGUAUUAAUCCUGCCGAUGUUUGUGUCCAGUAUUAGUUUUAACAGGAUACAGUAAAAUAAUGAUAAAAUGCCAGUUUAACAGGAUACAGUAAAAUAAUGAUAAAAUGCCAGUUUAACAGGAUACAGUAAAAUAAUGAUAAAUGCCAGUUUAACAGGAUACAGUAAAAUAAUGAUAAAAUGCCGCCUUGUUUGCCAUCUUACUACUCUCUAAUUUGAAUUUGUGGUCUAGUUUCAGUGAAUUUUGAUGUUUUAUUUUUACAUGAACCCGAUGUAUUAUCCAAAGUACAAUGUAGUUUGGUUGAUUAAGAUCAUAUCUAUAGACAAAUAUAAAUAGGUAGUAACUAUGUAAAGAUGGUAAGUGCAGCAAUGUGUAUAAAUGUGUGUCCAUUGCUCAAUUACAUCCAGGGAUGUAUUUAAAUCAAACAUCGGUAUCAUAUCUAUUGAUCAGACAUAGAACAUAUUAGGACUAGUAUAAGCACCAUUUUUCUGAUUCGGAACCAAUUUAUUGAAGAUCCAAUGUGGCCAGGCAGGUUAUAUCAAUGAAGUGCCUUACCUGGCCAGUUAGCUAUAUACAGUAAAACCUGCCUUUACCGAUCACUGACUUUAACAGUGUCCUGUAAUAUCUGACCAUAUCCAUCGGAAUGACAACAUGCUCCACUAUCAUUGCUGAUACUGACUUUAUCUACAUGCUGUCAUAUUCAACUCAUUGACUCGGUCCCACAGUGUGUCGGUCAGUUCCACCAUCUGUCGGUCAUUCAGACAGUGUGUUGGUCAGUUCCACCAUCUGUCGGUCAGUCAAACAGUGUGUUGGUCAGUCCCAGUGUGUCUGUCAGUCCCACUGUGUGUCGGUCAGUCAGACAGUGUGUCGGUCAGUCAGACAGUGUGUUGGUCACUCCCAGUGUGUUGGUCAGUCCCACAGUGUGUUGGUCAGUCAGACAGUGUGUCAGUCCGUCCCACUGUGUGCCGGUCAGUCAGACAGUGUGCCGGUUAGUCCCACUGUGUUGCGGUCAGUUCCACAGUGUGUCAGUCAGUCCCAACGUGUGUCUGUCUAACUAUGUGUCGGUCAGUCUCACUAUGUGUCGGUCAGUCUCACUGUGUGUCGGUCAGUCUCACUGAGUCUGUCUGACUCACUAUGUGUCGGUCAGUUCCACAGUAUGUCGGGUUUCAUUGUAUAGGGGAAAGAAAUGCACAGAGUGCCUUACCAUCUACUCUGGUUUUAUGUGAACAAAACCAGAAAGUGCAUUCAUAUCAAGUCUUAAAAUUACAAUACCUCAACUAAUUGUAUUAUUACAUUUUCAUACUGAUUGGUUUACAUCCGAUCACAUGUUAUUCCAUGUUGCAUUGAAUUAGAUUGGAUUUUGUGACAGUGAUAAAACAUUGUAUUGCAUCUCGUGUUCUGUUAUGUCGCGUAAAUUCAGCCCAGCCCAUCAGAUACCGUAUGUCAGACACAUUCCGUCGAGUUGCGCGAGAGUGCAAUGCGAUGUUUCAUUAAACAUGGUGAAUAUUAUGACAUAUGAUGCAGUUUAAAUGGCAUGGAACCAUACCUUUCUGUGCUCUGGUGUUGAUACAGAAAUGUAAUAAAAACAGUCAUCAGGUCACCAUAAUUAUAUAAAACGGUGGUUCCACAUUUAUGUAAUCUGUGUAUGUCAUAUCGGGCCAGGUGUUUACAGUGAUAACUGUACAUGGCUACGUGUUUGUUCUGUUUUUAAAUGACAGAAAGGGAAGAUGAAAAAAGGGAAUUACGUAGGGCUGUUCCAACAUUAUCCAGGGAGAGGGUAGGAGAUUUUUUAAGACCCCACCACCUAUUUAGUAUGAGGAUUAUGGGGUUUUAUCCCCUAUAGUGUCACUGACCACCCAUCAGAGUUUACAAGUCUCCCACCUCCUUCACACAGAUACUUCUGGAAUAAACCUUAUGUUAUAGAUUGUAAUAAUUCUCUGAUAAUUUCUUAGAUUGUCAAUAAUAUCUUUUCUUUGUACGAAAAGUGUUGAAGGCAUGAAAGAUUGUAUGUGACAAUUCAGAAAUCAGGGGCUUCCUGCUGUUAUAAGUUGUAUUUUAUGCAUGAAUUCAGUUUUUACAAUCAUUAUAUUAUCAACAAAAUAUCAUACUGUUUAUGUUUCAUACACAUACGAAAAUCAUGACAAGUCAUAUGAAGCCAAAUUUCAAUUGUAGUGUGUUUCUGUAGAGAAUAUACUGUACACAAUUCUUUCUAAAGUUUAUAACUAAAGUUUACUUCACAAUGUAACAUUAGACCUCGUCUGAUUUUUAUAUAAAUAUUAGUUUCCCGCCUUAGGCUGAAAAUGUUAAAAAGUUUGUGUGCAACAUAGAAAUCAGAAUAAGAAUGUGUAGUUAUUUGAAUUAUAUGUAGGAAAUACAAAUUACAAAUAAAGCAAAAUAAAACGAAUACUACUCUAUACACAAUUUAUAAUAAUAAUAAACUUUAUUGUCCUGAAGGUGUUUGAAAAAAAAACAACCCUGAAGAUAGAACGAUACAAAAUUUUGGUUACAAGUUAAGUCUAAAACUCCUUCACUUUAUUUUUUAUGAGUCUGGAAUAAAGGAUUCUGUAUAUCUGUAAAUGGAAGUUUAUUUCAUGAUCACUAAAAUUCAUUGUAUAUAGAUGACUUUGAAUAGUAUUUUCAUUCAUUAAAUAUUCUAGGAUCUGUUUUAUCAUACAGAUGAGGUAAUUCAUCCUCACUCAGAAAAUAGAAGUAACAAUCCCAUGUUAUCGUUUAUUAGGUAUUACAAGAAGUUCCCAUGGUUUGAAAUAAAAAGUCGGAUUGCAGUGUUAGUGGUUUUACUGCCUACAUGGUUCUUCCUAUUAAUAAGGUUUCUUCUUACCAACUUCAUAUAUAACUAAAGUUGGUGUUCUGUUGGCAUUAGUUUCUGUUUUGUUUGAAUAGUAUUUUUGUAUUGCUCUCGAAUUGGGUAAUAGUGUAACACCAUAUAGCUAGGGGAGACAACUGCUUCAGCUCUUAAGUUUGUUGUGAGGUUGAAUAAUUUGUUUCAGAUCUAAUUUCAAACAUCAUGACUUUAAAAAAAAAAAAACUCACAAAUUAUGUGACAAAUUAGGACGUUGGUAUUGAUUGGAUUAUCGAACUACAUUGUUUUUUUUGUGUAUUGGAUUUGUGAUAAACUUGCCUAACAGUUAUUUCCACUAGUAAUUUUGGAAUGAAAAUGGAUUACAAAUUAUGACUACUUGUACCUCUUAAUACAGAGGUUUCAUCUUGUGGACGAUUGAUUCAUUGUUAGUAUGAAUGUCUUGACUCUCAGAAUUUAUUUAGAUAACCUCCCUAUCAGUAUUGAUCUAACUAUCUAAUGUUGCCCAGAUCCUUCACAAAUGUAUAUAUAUACACUAUGUACAAACGUGUUUAUAUGAUUAAUGAUAAGUGCUAUAUCCUAUUGGAUAUUUAUUUUGUAAAGUUAUUCUGAAGGUGAAGUUUGCUCACGAGCUUGCAUUUUGGAAUACAAACAAGAUUUUUAUGA